AUGGACCCUAGUACAAAGAAGACUGAUAACCCCACCAUGUGCACUGCCAGCCCCUGUGACCUGGAAGAGAUCCCUCUGGAUGAUGAGGACCCAGACAGCUUGGAGUACAAAAUCCUGGAGUUCUAUGUCAAACACCAUGUCUUCCAGAACACCUCUGUCGUCCUCUCACCGAAGCUCCUAAGAACAAGGAGUCUGUCCCAGAAAGGGCCGGAGAGCUGGCCAGUGAAAGAGGCAUGGACGCAGGGGCCGUGGCCCUGCAGAAAUUCCCAAUCCAGUGAGAAGGCCAUAAACCUCGCCAAGAAAAAGUCGUCUUGGAGGACCCUCUUCGGGGUAGCAGAGAAGGAGGAGGACUCACAGAGUUCGCCUCCGGAAAUCCGUGCCCAAGGACCGAGGGUGGGGGGACCUCAGGCCUGUCCUCGGAGUCCGAAAUGGCCAAGGUCCCGCUCCAGCAUGGACCAGCGCUUAGAGCACAAAGCUGCGGACCCCAGAGUCGUUUCCAUUGCCAACCGAGUCGCUGAAAUUGUUUAUUCCUGGCCGCCGCCAGAAGAGUUCCAUAGCCAGGGAGGAGGCUUCAACUCCCAAGAGCUUCUGGUACCCCAGAGUUUCAAACAGCAGUCUGGAGCUGAAAGUACCAAGAAAGAAGGAGAAGACCAAAUAAUAGCCAGAAUUGUUGAGCUGCUGAAAUAUUCAGGGGAGCAGUUGGAAAGAGAGUUGAAGAAAGACAAGGUUUUGAUGACCUGCUUCCAGGAUGGGUUAUCCUAUCCUGUUUUCAAGACCAUCACAGACCAGUUCCUAAGGGGCGUGGACACGAGGGGAGAAUCAGAGGUCAAAGCUCAGGGCUUUAAAGCUGCUCUUGCAAUAGAUGUCAUAGCCAAGCUCACGACUGUCGACAACCACCCCAUGAACAGGGUGCUGGGUUUUGGAACCAAGUACCUGAAAGAGAAUUUCUCGCCCUGGAUCCAGCAGCACGGUGGAUGGGAGAAAAUACUUAGGAUACCACACGAAGAAGUAGACUGA